CUAAAAUUAAAAAAAUUAAAGGCGGCGAAUUUUUUUCUAAUAAAAAAUUAAAUUUUAAAGGAAAUUUCAACUUAUUUCGAUAUGAAUUCCGUUUAUUCGUCGCUUUUGUGUUGCGUCGCCAACCAUGGUGCUCUUGAAAAGUCACGUGCGUUGGAUAUUUUUAGUAGAAUUCAUCAAGCGAAUCAUCAAGGAGCAAAUCGUCGUUCCAUCGUCCAUCUCGACGAAGCAAUUGCUGAAAUUAAUCGCAACAUUUCCCGUUUCGAUCAGAAAAUUGUCGAAAUAAAUUAUUCCCUGCCCGGCGCUGAAGCUCCUUACAUCACAUUCAUCUCGACAUCCGAAUCUGCCAUCAGUAAGCAACAAAAUUUAUGGAAUCCAGCGGAAGUUGAGUUGUUUCGAUUGAUGUUGCGUGAAAUAACCACAGCAGACGAUCACAAAAGAUCGAUCUUUGAUUGCAUAAAUUUGGCGGGAAAAGUUCAUGUGCGACAAAUUUCCAAAACUCGCGCCGAAAAGGUUAUUCAAAAGUGGAUUUUGACGGGAUAUUUUUAUGAGCAGGACGAGGAUGUGCAUUUGGGACCUCGAUUAAUUGCGGAAUUUGGAACGAAUUUGAGGACUUAUUUCAAGGAUUAUGUCAAUAUGUGCGACAUUUGCAAAGCGAUUGUCUUUUGGGGACCUCGUUGCGGAAAUUGCGAAGAACUUUUCCAUAAAGAGUGUUUGGAUAAGUGCUUGAGUCGUAUUCAAACGUGUCCCUCGUGCAAAGAAACUUUCAAAUCGCCAGUUUAAGGUUAAUUUUUCAUAAGAUUCCUAACCUCAAGUACUAUUUAAUGUUAAUUAGAUUUUAAAAAUUAAACAGCAGAGACUGAAAAAUUGAUUAAAA